AUGUCUUCCAAGAAGGACCUCGAGCGCCUUCUCUGUCUGAGCGCCUUCCAGAACCGGUGUCAGCGGGGCAUCUUCUGUGACUCGAUUCACUUCUUCCCUCCCUCGGAGGAGGUGAAGAACUAUCUGCUGUCCAUCCAGAGCUCCUCAUCGAGCGCCCCCCCGCCGGCCCCUGCCCCGGUCCGCUCCCUGAGUGCCGACGAGAUCACUGCCAAUACAUCCAUCAUCAUCAUCGAGCCCGGAAGUCAGCCGCCCCCGGACGAGCAUCCCGACUUGUAUGACAUCCUGCUGGCCCAGUCGCGGGCCAUCGUGACCAGCUCCCUGUCGGACCCGACCUCCUGGGUGAACCUGACGCCGGAGGGGUCCAACCAGCCGCCGCGCCCGCUGACCCCGGCCGACAUCAGCUCGAUGGAUCGCUUCACCGGGAACUUCCUGGCCUCGGACCUGGACCGGGACUUCAGCAAGACCACCACCAUCCUCCUCCUGGCCAGUCGGGACUUCGUCGAAAAGAACGCCCCCCAGUCGGUGGUGGACGCCGUGCCGUUGAGCUACCGCGAGGCCCUUCGUGGCCGGCUCAUUGUCGGCACCAUUUCCUACACGUCCGGGGAGAAGUUCACCGCCGGCGGUGCCACAGGCGGCAGCGCCUCCGCCGAGGACCCCGCCGGGUCGGCCAUUGUCAUGGUCCGGAAUCUGGCCGUGGCCUCCUGGGGCCGGCGCAUGGGCUUUGGCCGGUUCCUGUGGAAUGUGGCCUUCCUGCCGGCGGCCCAGCGCCAGGGAUACCGCAGCGUCACCAUCCACACCACCUCCAACUUGGGGCCGGCCCUGGCCUUCUACUCGCGUAUCCCGGCGCUCGAGCGGAACUUCGGCAACAAGAUGCUGGCGGACGGAACCAUCAAGAAGGUGUACUAUGAUGGGCCCUUGGCCCCGGUGGCAUGA